AUGGCCUCUCCAUCUCCUAUCAUCCAUAUAGAUCCUGCUCGUAGCAUAAGCCGAGUCGAUCCUCGAAUCUAUUCCGGCUUCACAGAACACAUGGGUCGAUGCAUAUACGGUGGAAUCUUCGAGCCUGAGAAUCCUAACUCACUCGCGGAUUCCAACACUGGAUUCCGGAAAGAUGUGUUGAGUGUCCUCAAAGAGUUGAACAUUCCUAUCUUCAGAUACCCUGGAGGAAACUUUGUCAGUAGUUAUCGAUGGCAAGAUGGUAUUGGGCCUAAACAUCUCCGUCCUCGACGACCAGAACUUGCCUGGCUCACAGAAGAAUCUAACCAAUUCGGAACGGACGAGUUCAUGCAGUUUUGUAAAGAAAUGAAUGCGGAACCGUAUAUCUGUCUUAACAUGGGUACUGGAACCCUAGAAGACGCGUUGGCAUGGUUGGAAUACUGUAACAGUUCUGCCAACACGUAUUAUGCCAAUCUCCGUAGGGAGAACGGACACUCCGAACCUUACAAAGUUAAAUAUUGGAGCUUGGGGAACGAAGUCUGGGGUCCAUGGCAAGUGGGACAAAUGGAAUCGCAGGAUUACGCCAAGAAGGCGUUCCAGUGGGCCAAGGCACUCAAGCUGCUCGAUCCUUCGAUCCAAUUAAUCUCUUGUGGAGAAACCGGUUAUGCUGACUGGGAUCGUGUAACCCUGAAGAAACUGGUUCCGGUCGUAGACUACCAUUCCAUACACAUCUACACUGUUUCUGAAGGAAACCACGCCGUGAAUGUCAUGGGUCCCGCCGCUGCAGAGAAAGCUCUAGAAAUUAGCAAGUCCCUUAUUGACCUUGCGAAAAUCGAAUCAGGACUCGACAAGCAAGUCACUAUCUGCUUCGAUGAAUGGAACGUAUGGGAUCCUGUGCGCGCUCCUGGAGAGAAGGGUGCUGAGGAGCACUACGAUCUUAGUGAUGCCCUCGCUGUUGCAUCCUGGUUGAAUGUUUUUGUAAGGAAAGCAGACAUCGUCAAAAUUGCUUGUAUUGCCCAGUCGGUAAAUGUCAUCUCUCCCAUCAUCACCUCCCCGAAAGGUCUCUUCAAGCAGACGACCUUCUAUCCACUUAAACUGUUCGCUACGUUGAUGCAAGGUACCUCCCUCAACGUGCACGUCGGGUCACCAUCUCACACAGGCAAAACUGUUCCCGACUGGGUAGAAAAGCUUGAAAAGAACGCAGGUGGAGACGAGAAAUUAACCAAAUAUAUCGACGUGAGUGCUGUCCUUGAUGAUUCCAAGGACGAGGUUCGGUUAGCCAUCGUCAACCGGCAUGCUACGGAGGGGUAUACCAUACCCAUACGAUUCGGUCCUGCCUGUAACGUAUCAGGCGGAACGGUUCAAGUUUACGAAGUCUGGAGCGCGGACCUCAAAGACAAUAACGGAUGGGACGGAGAGCGCGUCCAGAUUGUUGAGAAACAGCUACCGUGGUCCGGUGAAUAUUCGGUGAAACAACACUCUUUCCAGCGUCAGUCCCCUAUCAUUUAG